AUGAUCGCUCAGUUGCUCUCGCUCCCCCGGCGGUCCUCCUUCGGUGUGCUGGGGAAGGAGAAAUCGAUAGGACUUGGAGGUGGUGCGGCGGUCUCGCCGUACGCAUGUGACCGCUCUUGUGUCGAGGAUCCAGACGAGGCUUUGAAUGCAGCGCUGACGUCGUGGCCGAGUGUGGAGUUGGUCAGGAUGGAGAGACGCUGGCGCGGGUUGAAGGUUGUGGAAGGCAUUGUGGAUGUGGUGUUGAUUUGGGUGAGACAGGAGUGCCUGAUUUGGAGUUGGUUGCUGAAACUUGGGGUUGAGACCUGUAUCUCGCAAGUCGGUUUCGAUCGGGCAAUGCGACUAAAUAGACCGGAGUCGAGCUGGUGUCAAACUGUCACAAUAAUGCAAGCUGAACUGUCAAAUCGUAUCUCUCGGCGGAAGGCGCAAAGACGGUCUGAGUUGUCUCGGGGUCGGAGAAUAAGUGUCUUCGCUGGCAGUAUUGGCGAAGCAGGUCGUUUGUGUUCUGAGGCUGAGGUGUACUAUUGCUGCGAGCCGGAAAUGGUAACUGCGAGGGGUGAGUCAGAUUUAAUAUUGAAUACGCGGGAUUGCGACAGGGCUGGUGCUGUGUGCAUGCGAGCUGCUCCAACAAUUGUGUGGAAGUGGUUGGGUAGAGUGAUACGUGUUGCUGCGAAUGAUUGUUCGGGUUGGAAGCGAAGGUUACAAGUCUUGAGCCGGACCGUGGGGAUGUUUGAGCAGAUUGCGUCAACGAGAAAGGGCUGA